UUACAGGACUGGAACUGAUAAGUGAUGUUUUUGAAAACCCUUAUGUUAUUUUCAGUUUUCUGUUCUUUUUUCCAACCCAGCACUCACAAGAAUAGAUCUAUAGUGCUGUGUAACACUUCUAUUUUUGUUUCCUCUCAACAUUCUUGUAGUCUUAAAGUAGUCUGUUGUACUUGUGUAGUAUCCUGUAGUAAACCUCUGUCUUUCUCCUUCUCUCUUUAUGCAUUUUACUUCCAACCUCUUUUAUUCUUUACGUACUAUUGUUCCAACCUCUUUCUCUCUUCAUUCCAACCUUGUUUCAACAUGUUGAAUAAAACUAGUUCAUUUACUUGUUACCACAUUCAGUAAUUUGUUAGGUUGAACGACAAACCAUUUUUACAGUGUAGCAGUCCCUGGAAACUGAGUCACCACUGCGUAGCCUCAGAGCCUACUCAUGAGUGUUGGCGUUUCCGGCCUACGUACAUCAACACAAUCAAUCAUUGGCUACUAUCAGCGAGCCUACACGGCGCAGACGAUUUCAGUCCAGCCUGUUUACAUGUAAUUCACACACGCAGCCUGUCUGGCUGUGUGCAGCUGUUUGCCGGAGGUGCAGUCAGUGUCUGCGCUGUUACUAAACGGUGUGAGCGCGGUGUCGCUUUAAGAGUGAAAGUGAAAUCCGAGGCAGAGAGAAAAGAGGAGGCGCCUUGCCCUGCAGUAACCUCCUCCAGCCCUGUAGCUGCUGCAGCAUCUCGCUAGCGCCUGCCUGCUAACUCCACCGGUCUGGUUACCGAGCUGCCGAACACCGCGGAAGGGCCACACGGACCGCGGCGGCCUGAUGACGGCGUGUGCCUCACACCGUGGAUGGAGGAGGAGGAGGAGCGAUUAGAUGCGCCGGCCGUGGAUAUAUUUUGGCAGCCUGUGAUGUUUUCAUCCAUCAUCAUGCCCAACUAGCUAACGAGUACAGCAGCAGCGACGGAGCCAGCUCACACUGUUGAUGAUUGACGAGAGUGGGCUCGGGUGGCCAUGGACGCCUUCACCCAGCUGAUCCUGCUCAUCGCCGUGGUGAGUUUCUGUACCUUCCAGUGGCUCUUCCACAGCGUGAGUCCCUGGGUAUCGUCCAGGAUCAGCCCAGGCUUCCUGAAACUCAGCCACAAGCAGCAGAUUGAGUGGAACUCGAGAACGGUGUCCACACUCCAUGCGAUUCUGGUUGGGCUCUUCUGCCUCUACAUCCUCUGCUUCGAUGAGGCUGUCAAUCAGGACCCUGUGUGGGGAGAUCCUACACUGGUGAAGAUAAACGUGGGAAUAACAACAGGCUACCUCAUAUCUGAUCUGCUGCUCAUAUUUUACUAUUGGAGGGCGAUAGGGGACAAGUUUUUUGUAGUUCAUCACCUGGCAGCAUUGUAUGCUUACUACUAUGUACUGGGCCAAGGAAUGUUGCCUUAUUUUGCUAACUUCCGUCUGCUUGCAGAGUUUUCCACCCCAUGUGUGAACCAGCGCUGGUUCUUUGAAGUGUUAGGUUACCCUAAAACCUCCAGACCCAACAUUGCCAAUGGGGUGCUGAUGGCGGCUGUGUUUUUCAUGGUACGGAUCGCGGUCAUGCCUGUUUACUACAGCCGUAUGUACUCUGUAUAUGGCACGGAGGCCUUCUACCGCGUCUCCUUUGGCGGUCGCAGUGCCUGGAUCUUCUCUAGCAUCUGUUUGGACAUCAUGAACAUCAUGUGGAUGCAUAAGAUCGCUCGUGGCUGCUACAGGGUCCUGCGCUCUAGCCAACGGCUCAAAGCCCAGACUCAAGAGAAUGGAAAAACUGACUAAGCAUGAUGAAACAUUCACUCUCUGCAGUGGGGGGAAUUCGAGGAAGUCUCUUUCUCUCUCCGUGCACUCUUGACUUUCCCAGUGACAGUUUGUGAGUCAGUCAGCCAGCAGAAGCGUGCUGCUGCCGAACGUUUUGAACUGUCCUCCUCUCUCUCUGAGGCCAAGCAGGGAAAUGAGGCUAGACAUCUUGUGACAGCAGAGGGAAGCAACUACCCCUGAGCAAUACUUACAGUACAUGGCCAACACUUUGAGUAAGCUUCACGCUGUAACAGGACCACUGAUGUCACAUUGAGCUGACCACUGCUGGUAAAGACACUGAGGUCAUGACCCACAGCGCCUGUAAGCACUGGGGUACAAAAAAUGCUGUACAGCCGCUGAAGCACCAGGAUUUUUAUUUUGAUUUUAUUUGAUUUAUAUGUAUUUUUGAAAGCCUGAGGCUUUGAUUUUAACCUUCAUUUGUUAGUUCUUGAUAAGAGGACCACGGCGUUGUGAAAAAGUGUGCCACAUGCUUCUAAUUUAUUCAUCAAAGCCAGAGCCUGUCUGAAAAGAGGGCAAAAAAAUGUUCAGAGUGUCAUAGGGCCAUCAUGUUUACUUUGAAGUUAAACUUUAUACGCUGACUGUGAGAGAUUCGUCCUCUCACCUGCACUGCACUAAACCAGGACUCGCUCAGAUCACAUGCCGUACCUGAACAGGACCCAAGAUGCCGUCUACAUGUCAGAAAGAGGCUGAGAAGGUGUAACUGUGAACCUGCACGCACAUUUUAAAUUGACAUGAAGUAUUUUAUACUGAGAUUGUAGUGAUCAAGAAGAACUUUGCUGGUGUGCCGGAUACACUGCAGAUUUUUUGCAGGCAAAAUCAUGUCAGAAGGGAUUUUAUGUAAUGUUUGCUAGGUAGCCGAGAUGUUUUUCACCUCAGAUUUGAUUCGUAGACUUAAGGCGUAAUCGGACAGUUUCUCACUCCACUCUGCCGUGAUGAUUUCAAGGUGGUUUUUGAUUUUAAGUAUGAAAUCGGGAUGCGGUUUACAAACAAACAACAUUUUGAAGGUCUCUCCGCAACACGGCUUCAUCUGUGUCCUCUUUGUACAGUCGAUAGGUGCAUGCUGCAGUGUGGUUCUCUGAAUGUUUGCAUUGUAGAUAGAAACUGGACAUACAAAAAUACUCAUUUGAAUUAAUUUUGUGUACAGUGUAAUCCAGUCAAUAUAGAACAUAAAUGAUCUAAUAUUUUGGAUUUUUUUUUAAGGAUGUCUGUGUGUUACGAUUAGGGAUGGUAGAACUUCCUUGUGUGCUCAAACAAAAGCAAGAAUUGAGAACUUUUUCUGCAUCAUACCUUAUUUAUUUGAACCAGUCCAGCACUGGAACAGCAUGUACCUGCAUAUUUAUUCUUUUUAAAGGAAAUGUAUGAUAUACGGAUAAAAGGUGUUUAUCUAAGUAGAUAUAUACAGAAUCAAGAAGGAGUCUACGACACAAGGACAUAUAUUACAAUCAUUUUAGGCUGCAUUAUGUGUCACUUUGUAGGACAUUUUAGUGUAGAAUGUUCAUACUAUACGCACUCUUGCAUCCAAUGGCAACUCACCUUCACAAAUAAUAGAAGUAGUGGAUGCCACAAGUUGUUGUCUGUUUUAUUAACUGAAAAAAAGUAUUUAUUAUGUAUGGAUGUGAGAAGGACGAUGUGAGAUUUACAAGAAUGGUUUGCUCUUUUAAAAAUUGCCAGAAGUUCUAUUUUUUAAUGAAUAUACUACUUGAAUCCUUGCUCUACCUUAUUGUGAAAGGCAGACACAGUGAAUUCUUUUAAUUACAGUAUGUGCAAGAUGAUUCCAGUCGUAACAUUUUGCCUUUACUUGUUUUGCAGACAUUUGUUCCAGAUGCCUUUUCUAGGAAUGUUUCUUUACUAUUUUUACCACUUUCCAUUCAUGUAAGGUUAUCAUAUCUUUAUGGUUUUCAUUAUGUUUGCAUGUCUUUUUUUCUGCUUGCCAUAGGCCUAAUGUAGGAACAUUGACCUUAACGUUUGCCUUUUUAUUUUUGUUUGUAUUGUUUAGUUUGAAUUUGCAUCAAUUCAGGUACACCAGCAUAAGGCAAGUCUUAACAUGAUUUUAAAGCCUCACCAAAUUACCACAGGUUACCCCUCUAUUACACAUUUAGAAGCCAUUGUUCCUGAUUCUUCCUUUCCUUGUUGUCUUAUAAAACAUUAAAUGUGUUCUUUAUUGUUUCUUUAUUGAUCUUUUCUUUUUAAAGAGCUUAGUGGGAGUUGGGCUGUUUAACAGUCAAAUUUAAGUCCGUGUCUUCAGGUGAAACUUGAGUGUGUGUUUAAUUACUCUGAGAAUGAAACCUCCAAACGUGGGCUAUAAAUCGAUAUAAAAAGGUUUGUAAUUUGUUUUUCUGCUUUGGGGAUAUUAAUUAUUACAUCUUAAAUUCUGGAUUUUAUUGUGUAAUUCUUGAUGCUCCAUUCAUUUAGCUCUUGGAAUUAAGUCCAGUAACUUCAUGGAAAAACACCUAAACAUGUUUGUGUGUGUUAGCCUGGCUGAUGAGCUGUUUUGCUGCCGGAUUAAGCUCCAUGGAGCAAACAGUCUCAGCAUGAGGUCAGGUAUGCCCGGCUACCUCUGUAUCACUUUUUUCUCAUGUUCACUUCCCUUUUCUUCAUAUUUCACUUAAGGUUUCUACAGUUGUAAUAGUUUGUAUCUGUUAACCAAAGUGUGUAGAAGAGUUUUAUGCUCACAUACUCAUUGAUAAGGGAUUAAUGAAGAAGGACCAGGAAUUUAUGAACGUCAAAUCUAUUUUUUAAAUCUUCACGUCUGUCUUAAUUUUCUGUCAUAAUGCCAUUUGCCUCAAUAAAGCAAUAUGUUAAUUUUGUUUCAGUAAAAUCUUGUCUCUAA